UCUUAGAGUUGGUGUCAUCAAAAUGUCUCUGAAUUGUUAAACGUUUCAAAAAGGGCUGUGCCCUUUAAUUGUAGAUGUGAAACAGGAACUAAGGCAAAGAGCGAGAUAUACGGUAUCAGUGCAUAAUUUUUUUUCCACAGCUCACUCACUGUUCAAUCCUGUAAACUGGAAACAUUUCCUCGAACGGACUUAGUCCCGAUGUCCAUCAUGAUCAACGAACAGCAGGCCGGUCCGUCCUCCCAACCGGACGGCGAGCCGAUCGUCCCGGUGGAACACGACGCGCCCGCUAGUCCCUUCGUACUUCGACGCAGAGCGUUAGGCAACAAUAUUCGGGAAAACUGGCAUGGGUUCCGUCACUUCAUGUGGAAUAUGGAAAAGAGGGAGGUGAUGGGACGAAAUGGGAAAAGUUGGGCGCAAAUUGGACUAUUCUAUCUGUGCUUGUACGUGUUUCUGGCCGGAUACUUUGCCGCAAUGUUCGCCAUAUUUUACCAGACAAUUUCACAGGAGAGACCGACGUACAACACACUUAUCACCCCACCAGGUCUCCACGUUUUCCCUAUCCCAACCGGGCAGGGACGCAUUGAGUAUGGCUUAGACAACAGUGACGUGGAUCGAAUGAGAUUCGAACAAGAAAUUAAAGACAAUGUGUUUGCACCACUCCUCGACAUUGACCAAUCAACGUACGAGAACUGUUACAAUCUUCCACCGCUUACGAUCAACGACCCACAGCGGUUCUGCCGAUACGACGCGUCGCUGCUGGGCGAGUGUGCUCCGGACAACACCGGCUACAACACAACGCAACCAUGUCUGUACAUGGGGCUAAACAAGGUAUGGGGCUGGAUACCAGAAGGUUUUACGUCUGACGUGUUGAUGACGCAGUUCAACAAAUCGGCGUCAUUCACCAAUCGGAUCUUCUUCACCUGUGACGUGCAUGAGGGUCACCAACAAUACGUCAAUACUCUGACCAUGUUCCCGGCUGACGGGGUUUCCUUCGGUCACUACCCCUACGUGGUCGGCACGGACCAGGCCCAGCAGGCUCGCUACCUCCGUCCCGUGGUAGCCCUAAAAGUGGACAUCAACACACGGGAUCAGGAAGUGAGGAUUGAGUGCCGGGCCCGGGCUAGUAACAUACCGGACGAGGCACCGGGUGGGCUCUUCAAUAGCAGGGAGGAACCGUCUCGGUUCACGGUCAGGGUUAUGGUCCGCUCGUAGGCUAAAGGCGCUGGGUUCGGGAGUGUCGAGUAGGGCACAGGGAAAUGAAGCUCUAACUGUCUCUAAAAGAUCCAAACAUUUUGCCUCCAUUUUAAGUCCCCAUUUAUAACAGUACGAGGUGUAUACUCUGUAAACACUCUAGUCAGAUUUAACGUGAUAUUUUAAAAUUGCAUAAAACUAAUGUAGUCUACACUCCAUAUACCUAGACGAGUAAACAUUAUUUCGUGACCCAACUCAUUAAAAUGCAAUUGAGCUACUUUUCAGUAGAAAUUAAGCCUUUAAAGGCUGAACAGUGCACCCUCUUGUGGGAAAGUUUAGAAGCCGCCGUUCCCACUGCUUAUAGAGCAGCGCUGACAGGUUUAACAGUACUGCAAAUUAAACAGUACUGAAAAUGCAGUCUAUAAGAGAAUUUAAUCUUUGAACUUUUUAAAAUAAAAGCAAAAAGUGUAUUUUUCUAUUCCAAACUUGCUUCCUGUACUAUGACAUGAAUGAACGGUUUGUAUGUAAAAAUUGCUCAGGAUUUAAGAAAUACAUGUACUUUUUAUAUGGACUUUGAUACUAUAGUUGAGCCCUUUCUCCAUUGUAGAGCAAUGAUGCUUUAAAGAUAUUUUUUAUACCAUUUUAUACUAAUUCUUUUUAACACCUUAAUAAUAAAUCUUUCAGUGCAGUUAAGAGAAUGUCGUUCAUAGUGAUCUAUAAUGUGUGGAAUCCGAAAAGCUAAUAAAGAGUAAAAAGAAAAGUUGAAGACA